AUGACUGAACACGAGCCUGAGCCCAAGCGCUUCGAGCCCAAAGUCCCCGUACAGCUCGACCCGCCCAAGGACGACCCCAUCACAGUAGAGGAAUUGUCCAAAUCUGACGGGACGGACCCGAAUCGUCCGACAUUGGUCGCAAUCAAAGGAACUGUUUUCGACGUCAGCAAGAAUGCCGCAUAUGCGCCUGGAGGACAAUACCAUGUCUUCGCUGGCAAGGACCCCUCUCGCGCAUUGGCAUCCUCGUCCUUGAAGCCCGAAGAUUGUCGCCCGGACUGGUACGACUUGGAGGAGAAGGAAAAGACCGUGCUGGAUGAGUGGUUCCUCUUUUUCAGCAAGAGGUAUAAUAUUGUUGGAAAGAUCCAGGGUGCUACAAAUGCUUGA